AUGCUGACCCAGGAGGAUUACAUGGCUGCAGAAAACGGUCUGUGGCGAAUGGUACAGAUGGAAUGCUUUUCUGACGAGAUUGUCACCCUUCGAGCAAAUAGUCAGCGUGCACAAAAUAAUCAAAAUAAGCUUGAGAAAUCCAGCCCGAUAUUCAAGCUUUCACCGUUCUUAGAUGACAAAGGAGUCCUUAGGAUGGAUAGUCGAAUUGAUCCUGAGGCGGCCUACUUUGCCUAUGACUUUCGUAGACCGAUCAUCAUUCCAAAGGAACACCACGUCACGAAUCUGCUAAUCAGCCAUUUCCACCAACGUUACGGACAUGCCAAUACGGAAACUGUCCUUAACGAACUACGAUUGAAGUAUCACAUCCCCAAGAUGCGAUCAGCAGUAAAAAGGGCAAUCAACCGAUGUCAAUGGUGCCGCGUGUAUCGUGCUAAACCAGCGGCCCCCAAGAUGGCACCACUACCUCCGCCAAGGGUAAGGCCUUACGUUCGUCCUUUUACGUUUGUGGGCCUUGAUUAUUUUGGACCUAUGAUUGUGAAGAGAGGCCGCUCCAACAUCAAACGCUGGGUCGCACUCUUCACGUGUUUGACUGUAAGAGCCUUGCAUUUGGAAGUGGUGCACAUGUUGACUGCGGAGUCAUGCAAAAUGGCUAUUCGGCGGUUCGUAUCUAGGCGUGGUGCGCCACAAAAGAUAUACAGCGACAACGGUACCAACUUUCGUGGAGCUGCCAAGGAAUUGUCGGAAGAGAUGAACGCUAUCAACCGUAAGAUUGCUGGAACAUUUACAAAUGUUGACACGGAAUGGAUUUUCAACCCACCGUCGGCCCCACACAUGGGCGGAGUGUGGGAACGGAAAGUUCGGUCAAUAAAGGAAGGGUUCAAGGUACUUUCGCAUAGAAAGCGACUGGACGACGAGAGCUUCGUAACGUUAUUAACAGAAGUGGAAAUGAUAGUGAAUUCGCAUCCUUUAACCUUCGUACUGCUAGAGUCACCUGAAGAACCGGUCCUUACGCCAAAUCAUUUUUUAAUGAUGAGCUCCAGUGGGGUGAAUGCUGAACCAAGGAUCCCAGUUGAAGAGUCUACUGCGCUAAGAACGAAUUGGAAAUUGAUGUUGCACUUAACAUACCAGUUCUGGAAGCAGUGGAUUAAGUCUUAUCUGCCCACGAUCGCUAGGAGGACCAAGAGGUUUUCGGAUGUACGGCCGUUGAAGGAAGGAGAUCUUGUGAUCAUCGUGGAUGAGUCGGUGCGAAAUGGAUGGCAACGCGGUCGUAUCCUGCGAGCAUAUUCGUCGCCGGAUGGUCAGGUCCGCAAAGUAGAUGUGCAAACUGAAUGCGGUGUAGUAAGGCGUCCAGCUAUAAAGGUAGCCUUGCUUGACAUAUUGGAGGAAGGUAAGACCACCUAG